AAGCGCGGGAGUCUCGGUUUCUGGUGUCUUAGUUUAGGCGGCUGUGGCCGGGCUACCGUUAGACUUCCAUUUCCCGGAGACUUUAUAGCCUUUUGAGACCAAAUGGCUCCAGGGAAGAGGGAAGUAGUGGGCGGCAAUGGACGACGGACCGCCGCGACCUUAGGCUGUCCGUAGGGAGGGAUCUUGAGGGCCCUCAGGAGUCGCUUGGGCGCGCUCUUUCUUUCUUUGCAGUCAAUCGUGCCUACCACGAGGAUGACCUCGGCCUGGGUCACCUCUUUCGAGAAGCAUCAUCUCUGGAUAUAUCUGCAGGCGCUCAACUUCGAGCCAGGUCCGGCGACCAUUGCCAGCGGAAAGAUCGUGUCGUACACGCACCUUGGAGUGAACAUGUUUGACAAGGUGAACCGUGAUGCUUUUCACAUAGUUUCUUAUUUUUUGUUUGAAACUCUGGACCAUUCUCUCACCAAAGAAGUUUUCAAAUUUUGUUGGCCUCCAUUUGACCAAAAAGGUGAUGCUGAAUUCCGGAAACAUUGCUGUGAGUGGUUAAAGAAGAUUUCUGCUGAAUGUGGAAGUAACUUUCCUCAAGUUGUUGGUUCACUAUUUCUUUCUCCUGGUGGUCCUAAGUUUAUUCAUCUGAUGUAUCAUUUUGCAAGAUUUGUUGCAAUAAAAUAUAUUAAAACCAAUUCUGCAAAUUCUUCUCUACGUUUUACAGAGAUAUUUAAUGUAAAGCCUAAAGAUCUACACAAGUGCAUUGCCAGAAGCCAUGUAGCACGUAACAAAUUUUUACAAAUUUUGCAAAGAGAAGAUUAUGUUACUCGAAAAUAUGAGGAAUAUAUGCAGUUAUCAGUUAAGCAAGUACGAAAUUCAAGGUCUGAAUGUAUAGGACUGCAAAACGAAAUAAAAAAAAUGGAACCCUGUGAUGACCAAAGUAAUAUACAAGAGAAAAUUCAACAGGUUCGGUCUUUGUGGGCUUCAGUGAAUGAAACACUUACGCUUUUGGAAAAAGAGAGAGAAGUUGUUAGUUCAGUCCUUAGUCUUGUUAACCAAUAUGCUUUAGAUGGAACUAACAUUGUUAUUAAUAUUCCAAGGCUCUUACUUGACGAAAUUGAGAAACAAAUGUGUCAGUUGCACAUGGGAAAUGUUUAUGAGGCUGGAAAAUUGAACCUAGUAACAGUUAUUCAGUUACUAAAUGAAGUCUUGAAAGUAAUGAAUUAUGAACGUUGUCAGGCUGACCAAGCAAGGUUGACAAUAGACCUUCACUACCUUGAAAAAGAGACCACAUUUCAGAGGGGAAGAUUAUCACAUCUGAAGCAAAUGAGGUACAAAAUACAAGAAGAUCUCACAACUAUAAGACGUUCUGUUGUUGCAAAGCAAGGAGAAUGGCAUAAGAAGUGGAAAGAAUUUCUUGGUCUCUCUCCUUUUAGUCUAAUAAAAAGUUUGACUCCAGCUGUGGAUCUUUUACCACCUAUGUCUCCCCUCUCCUUUGAUCCUGCCUCAGAAGAAGUAUAUGCAAGGAGUAUUCUUUUUCAGUACCCUGCUUCACUUUCAGAUAGACCUAAGCAACAUAACCAAGAAAAGGGCUGCAGAAGAGACAGUGAUACUUUGGGAGCUGUGCAUCAGCUAGCCAACAGCCUUAACUCUUCCCGGUUGCAGCCAGCUUCAUCAUCAAGUACAGGCAGUGUUACACUACUGGAAAAGGACUUGAAGAUAAGAACUCCCAAAGAGAAAAAUGAAACAGUUUCUAAGAAAAUACGAGAAUUUGAAGUGGAAGAUUCUCCAUUAUCAGAUAUUGCAAAGAAUAUAGAAAAUAGUGUAUUUGGAGGAUCUCUGCCAACCAAAAAAAAAGAUCCAUUCCAAAAAGAGCAAGAUCAUCUGGUGGAAGAGGUUGCCAGGGCAGUUUUAUCUGAUUCGCCACAGCUUUCUGAAGGAAAAAAAGCAGAAUUAGAGGAACUAAUUGACUCUCUAGUUUCUAACCCCUUCUUAACAAGAAACCAAAUUCCCCGUACUCCAGAAAACUUGAUAACUGACAUUAGGAGCUCAUGGAGAAAAGCUAUUGAAAUGGAAGAUAACAAAAGUGAAGAACCAGUUCAAAUGAAUACUAAACAUAGAGAAGUAUUAUCAGAAUCAUCACCCGUGUUUCGAAAUCAGAGAGAAUUUAGUAUGGCCAGUUUUCUCUUAGAAACCACUGUAUCAGAUAUUGGCCAGUGUCUUUUGUCUGAAGAGAAAGUUGUUUCAGAUUGCACGUAUGUACCUCAGAAAUAUGCGGUGACCAGAGACAUAGGUGAACCACCAACACAAAGUCAGUCAGAUUUAUUAAGUAAGAAAAUCACUUGUAAGCAAGAUUUGGAAUGUACAGUUUUACCAACCAAGCUGUCAGAAACUAGCCAAAUAGCAACAUACUCUCCUGCCGUAGGUAGUAGGAUAGAUGUGAUGGGCAGCAGUGAAGAGCAGCAUAGUAAACUAUUAGACCACUCACAAGCUUCUAGUAACAAACCUUCCAUGAAUAAAACUACAUUAUGGGACUCUCUUCAAAUAUCAAGUAGUAUUAGAUCUGAGCAUUUUAAGGAUAUUGAUUUUGGCAUAUUAUGUGAAACUCUUCCAGAAGAAGUUGGUCACCUGAGUCUCAAUAGCUCCAGUAGUUCAGAGGCCAAUUUUAAACGGGAACCAAAUAGUCCUGUGCACAGUAGUAUUUUUCCAGAAGAUACGAAGGGAGAAAGACCAACUACUCCAGAAUCAGACUUCAGUUUACAGGCUAUUUGUAGUAGGUAUGAGGCUCUGAAGAAAUCUCUUUCCAAGAAAAAGGAAGACUCCUACCUCUGUAAUCCUGAAACACUUGAAAGACGAAAACCAGAAUUGAGCCCCACUCCCCAAGAUGUGCAAACAGAUGAUAUUUUUAACUUUUUUGACACUCAUGAUUUGCAUGUUGAGUAUACAAAACCAUCUCUUGGUCAGAUUGGUCAAAGAAAACAGUCUCUUUCACCACUAAUUAAGUUUUCUCCAGUGGAGCAAAGAUUGAAUACCACAAUACCAUGUAGUCCUGGAGAAAUACUACCUAAUUUAAAAGGAGACAUCUUGAAUAAGAACCUUGAUGCAAAAGAAUCUCCAUCUGAUUUGACAAGAUGAAGCAGUUCUCAAUUAAUUUAACUAUCAUGCACUUAAAUUGAAGCAGUGUCACUGAAUAGAAACUGAUUUAUAACGUAAAUAUUCAUUAGAAGUGUAAUACUUUUUUUCAAGGUUUAAAAAAUCCUAAAUACCUUUUAGUCUCCUGUAAUGUUUUUAGGUGAGAAGAGUAUGUUUGGAUUUUUUUCUCUGUAAGGAUAGAGGGGUGAAUGUGAAGUAUCUAGAAAGCAAAUGUCAACUUAUGGGAAGCCAUUUUGAUUUCUUGAAUAAUCUUGUAAGCAUUAAAUACAAAAGUUGUAAGUUUAAUUUAUUAUGUUAUAAUUUCAGUUAACGUAGUUUUUGUUGUGCUUUCACUUAAGUGGUUGAUAUAAUAGCCGUUGAAUAUAAUGAUCUUUCACUUUAGAGAAAAAUAUAACUUUUAUUGUUUCUUUAUGGAACAUUCCGGUACUAACCAGAAAAAGUGAGAAAGUAGUGCCUUAGGAUGUGUAGUCAAGAUGACAAAUUUUAAGACUGGGAAAGCUCUAAAUAGGUUUAAUGAUUAUCUAGUGGAUUGAUCCUGAAAAGUGACGUUUGAUGGAAUAAAGUGCAUGUUAUGAUAAGUGAAGACUGGGGCAGAAUGAUUUUUAAGAAGGAAAAAAGAUGGAAGAAGAUGACUAGACACUUUCAAGGAACACUGCAAACUAUAAAUCCAUUCAGUGGGUUGUUUAACAUUUAUAUUUAGUCUAAUUUAGACUUUGAGAAUUUAAUCCUAGUUUUAUAUUUUAACAAAAAUAUAAAUUAAAAAGUCAUUAGUCUG